UCCAUCGCCUCGACUCUCGGACAGACACAUAGAUAUAAUUACAUAUCCCGGUGUCUAGCCAGUUCCUAUCGUAUAUAAACACUAGUGAUCAUGUACAUAGGUAAUUGGCAAAGCACAGUGGAGUUAAAGCAGAUGGAUUUGAUGUGGUAGCUAGGAAUCCAACCCAUGCAUGAUUGUAUAUGUACGAUAGAAGGCAGUAUUCAGUGCCUGCCUCACUUCAUCACAUGGCAACUGUGAAUGUGAUGACCACUGCAUGCCCAUGUGAGAGCCUGCAGAGCAUUUAUAUCGCAUGAAUUAGUAGUAUAGAGCCUACAUUAAACCUUAUUAAUUAAUACUUGAGGGGUCGUGAUUAACUCCCCAAGCUGAUAGUUUAGUUAAUAGGCCCUCUUUAAUUUGAUUUGCAUUGUUUGGUCCGCAUGAUCCAGAUAAACUAGCAGAUGACUUAAAUCCAACCAAGUUAAUUUCGUGGGGAUAUGGAUUUCGAUGGAUCUCAACGUGGUAGAGUCUACUACUAUGAGACCAGAUCUUUUGAUCUAGAAUUUUCUGGACGAAAGGAGGUCCUGUCUAUUCAUUUGUUGGAUUAAUUGAAUCUUACCUGUUAAAUAAAUAAGGUCUAAUUUAUCUAAUCAAUAAAUGAACAAAAGAUGAAGGAUGACCCAAAGAUCCUGGAUCAAGGAUCCCCUACUACUAUGCCCUCAAACACACAUCACAUGCUGGCCUUCAUUGGCCAAUGGCCCACCACUCAUCAUCAAGCUAUUAUAGCUCACGUGAUGGUAUCUACGUGCUGCCACCCAGCUCCGACAUGUGGAGUUUCCCUUCCACGUCAGAAUAAAAUUAGAUUAAUUAGAAUAACACAGAGAUUCUAGCAUUUAUCAUCAUUUGCCCUCUCAUGUACUUAACUUGUGAUCUCUUUUAAUUUGGUGCCUACUUCUCCAUCAGUUUAAGGGUAGGGCUGGCCCUUUCAUCUCUUAUAAAGCUCUCGUCAGACCCGAUCUUCCCCCUUCGUCUUCUUCCAGGACACUUAAUUCGCCAUUUUGGUCACCGUUUGCUAUUGCUAAAGGCCAAGAUGUCUGGCAGAAGGUCCAGGAUCUCAGAGGAAGAGAUCAACGAGCUCAUUUCCAAGCUUCAGAUUCUUCUUCCGGACAACUACCAUCAUCGUCAUCGAGGCUCAAGCAGAGCUUCAGCAGCUACCCUCCUGAAAGAGACCUGCAACUACAUCAAAAGCCUCCACAAGGAAGUCAGUGAACUCAGUGGUCAGCUCUCUGAACUGAUGGCGGCGACAGACUUCAACGGUGCCCAGGCAGAGGUCCUGCAGAGCAUCUUCCGUUCCUGAAGAACCACAGUCAAUUAUUAAUUAGGCCAGCGUCUAGCUACUAGCAUAAGGUCUUCAACAGAUUAACAUCUUUUUACCACGAAGAUUGCAAUAUAGCUAGUAAAACUAUGUAAUGUAGUAGCUAGUACUGGCUAUAUCAUUAUUAAUGUUACAAUUUCUUGAGGUCUCA